UAUGCCGCUGUCAAACGCUUUGUUGGAUUAUCCUCAGACCUUGGAGAAGUCGCGACUCAACUCAAUAUUGAUUGGAUAUAAACAGCCGAAAGGAUUCUACUCCCUAUGUGCUGCUGCAUUGAACUUUUGCUUGAGACCUGUUUUCCAUGCCUGCAGAGACGUAGUACCCGAGCCUUUGUCGUACUCACUCCGCCAGGAGAGGAUGAUAUCAAGACAAGGCUCUUUCCUAUACAUGUCUCGGAGCAGGCAGAAUUCGACCUCAUUGCCGUCCACGGCUGGAAGGGCCAUCGUGAGAACUCCUGGACAAGUGCGUCCGGCAUCAAUUGGCUGAGAGACCUGCUUCCCAAGGACAUCCCCAAGCUCAACAUCUAUUCAUGGGGGUAUACAUGCGACCGCGAUAUUAUGGGGUGGAGUAGAUCAGUGAUGCAGAUACUGUCCCGGAGAUUUGUUGCCGAUUUGCAGGAAUAUAGGGAGAGCUCCCAAGGCCAUCAACGUCCACUGGUCGUCAUUGCGCAUAGUGUAGGAGGGAUUAUGCUGAAAAGUACGCUGCUCAAUUCGGCCUCGUUCACCGAGUCUAAAGAUGCAACUGAGGACAUCAAGAGUUCCAUCCAAGGGAUCCUUUAUAUGGGUACACGAGAGGUAGAUGCCAGCAUUACAGACCUGGAGGCCUACCUGGCUCGUGGAAGUAGAGCUCAUCCAGCGGAGGAUGAGUACUUUAGGGAGUCGUCUUGGCUGAUCAAUACCCUGCGGCAAUACGAGAAGAUCAGUCAGGGGUUUCGAGCUGGGUAUGGCUACGAGAGGGGACCAGACGCUGGGCAACGGCACGUCGAGGAGACUUCGAAUGCUCGUUCCAUGUACUUCAACACGACGUGGGAUGGAAUGAUCAAGUAUGACUCGGCGACUGACCCGAACUAUACACAAGUCCGAGAAUGCAUUUUGUGGAUCUUAAAAGGGAAUGGAGAGGGUAAUGCGAAUCAGCAGGGCUGAAUGUUUUGUUGGUUUCUUGGAUCUGCCUCGAGGGCAUCGAUAGUCUGUUCUAAUCUUGACAAUGUGCGUCUUAACGAGUCUGUCUGUAUGCGCGGUACGGAACUGUCGGGUUCUUCGGGGUAGUUGAAUGGUGAUACCAAUGCCAAAGGGGAUUUAUGCCCAAGGUUCUCAAGCCACUUCUUAACUCGUUGGAUCAUACAUGUA